UCUUACCGCCCAUUCUCUUUCACCAUGUCUCGCAACGCAGCAGGUGCCCCCGCCGUCCCUCCCCGCAGUCACCUCCGCAGCACCUACGCCACAACGUCAUCAACUGCCUCUUCCUCGUCUUCCCCAAUGGCUUCCGGUCGCAGCUCGCCAAGCCGCCCCUACGUUCUCGACGUCGCCCCGCCCAUGUCCGACGUCGGCCCUGCCGAGCCUGUAGAAGAGAUUAUCAACUUCCGCCCUGGCCCCCAGCGCCAGUUGAGCUAUGAGCACCCCGCUCGCGCCUCGCAGCACAAGCGCGCCAGCUACGACGACCAUCGCGACCCAUUCAAGGUCCGCGACCACCGUCCCCCGCGUAAAAGUGCCAGUGGUGUCUACACUCCUUCCACCUUCCCAGGCCCUGGCGGACGUCCUUCUCCUUCGCAGUCACACCCGAGCCCAACGCCAUCUGCCGAUUCGGCCACUCAGCCUACUUCGCCGGACGUGCUCUCCUCAUGGCUGCGUCCUCGCACCUUUGCUGGGUUCAAGCGCAUGUCUAGUGACAGCUCCGUUGCCCCUCCCUCCAGGUCGUCCCAGCUCGUAAACCACACGAACCAGUACCCUCGUCCAGCCGGUCUGAUCUACGCUUCUGUCGCUUCAUCUCCUCCCGUCUCGGUGCCCUCUACGCCCCGCGUAUCGACCCACUCGUCCCACGCCUCUCGUUCGAGCUACUCGCCGCCCGGCAGUGCCCAUUCGGUCCAGUCCGCCAGCCCACCUGCGACGCCUACGACUCCCAUCUCGCUCUCGCCCGAGCGCGGCGUCAUCACCAUCGCGGGCGAAUCGGUCGAAGAAAUUCCCCAUCUCGACGUCGACCCCACACCCAAGCCGUCUCCCCGUCCCACCCAGGUUCCUCUUACUCCUGGCGCUGAGCGCUCCGUUCCCAUGUCUCCUACCGCCCCCAAGCGUGCCCGCCGCAAGCCGGUCCCCCGUCUUGAGGACGACCUUUCCGAGCGUCUCGAGGCUGUCAAGGUGUAAUCAGUUCCUGUCGCCUCCUGUGUACGCUUAGCUGGCUCUGUGAGCCUUCACCAUCUACCUGUUGUAAUCAUUUCUGUUAAUCCCUCCCACAACGGGGACUAGGUCGUCACCUGGGUCAAUGCACGUGUGUAAUCUUU